AUGACAAACCAACCAUCACCUUCAAAUACGGACGAUCCUCAUUCCACUUCGAAACGUAUGCGAAUGACCCUUGCAUUCAAAUGCGAUUUUAUCCAUCCAACAUGUGGUCGAUGUCAGAGUGGCAAAGCAACAUGCUCAUACACCGGUGCACCGACGCAAGUGGAUUUGUUUAAUCUUGUACAACUGCAUGAUACGAUGACACAGCUGCAGAAUCGAAUUGCAUCAAUCGAGAAUGGUGUCCAACAAGUCCAGGAUGAUACUCAAUUUAUCGCUAGUGAGAUGCGAUCGGCAAAGAAGCGGAAAAGGAACGAGCAAAGUGAUCAUCCAUUACUGUCAUCCUCGUCUUCAGAGCUUAUCCCGGGAGUUAAGGCAAAUUGGACACUUUCACUUACACCUGAAGGGUUAAGGAUUGAUACCAACAUUAUCUCGCUCAAUGACUUGUACGACAUUUUACUCUCUGGUCUCUCGCAAUUGCAGCUGAGUAAUACGCGAAGGCCAGCAACCGUGCAUGUAGAAGGAGAUAAGGCAACAAGCACGACUCAUUCAUCGAGCAACAAUAAUGAAAAAGGAAGUCGGCUUAAGCGAUCGUCAUCUGUACCUUCAGCAGAGGAUGCUGUCAUUGUUAAACAAAAUCCAUUGUACAAGUCCAAGGAUAUCAUCUUUCCAUUGUACAGUGCAUGGGAGUCGAGUACAACGAGUGAUCGAGGAAACAAGAACAAUAAUGGUCCAAUGGUAUCCAUGGAGACGUCAAAGCAAUCGACCCCUAUCAACCCAGACUUAUUGGAUCAGCUCCUCAAGAUUUACCAGGAAUGCUUUCUUUGUUUACCGCUGCCGGAUAUGGAGACAUUUAUCCAACAAUGCAAAACGCAGACGGGAUGUCCAUUAUUAUUCAAUGCAAUAUUGGCAUGGUCAGCUCGUCAUGCAGCUAUUUAUCAUGGGACCUUUUCUGGCCAAGAUCCCAACCGUGUCGGGGAGCAUUACUUUAUUGCUGCCAAAAAUUUACUCAAAGAUCAAUUCCUUACUCCUCGAUUGACCACCGUACAUGCUUUAUUACUUAUGUACAUUUACAGCAUUGGGAAAACUGGACCUGAUAGGGAUGAAUCAGAGGCAUACACCUUCCUUGGUUUGGCUACUCGAAUGUGUAUUGAUCUUGGUUUGCAUCGAGAAUUAUCCCCUUGUGACAAGAACAACAAUCCAUCAUUGAAUGAAACACGACGCCGUCUCUUUGCAGCAGCCGAAUUCCUAGAAACAUUAUACGCCGCCCAUUCUGAUAAGCCCCUGAUGUUUCCAUUGGAUGAUGCUAUCAGUGUCAAUGCACCUCGCGUCAUGGAACACGAACAAGGAGAACAACGCUAUAGGACCGAAUUCACUGUACAUCGUCACAAGAUCAAUCAAAUCUAUCGACGCAUCCAUACAAGCAUCUCAGGUCAUGCUGACCCCUAUCUUGCAACCGUAUCCGAUCUUGAAAAGCAGCUCAAGGAAUGGUACCACAACCUUCCCGAUUACUUUAAACUGCAACAGCCAUUGACAACACGCGAUUGGGCCACGACAUCAUUUCGAGAACAAGCUUGUCUCAAGCUCAACUUUGAAUAUCACUUUCAAAUGUGCCAGCUGUAUUCCAUCUUUUUACCCAACCACCCUGACGAUGAUACAACCACAUGCUCAACAUCAGCUAUUGCACUUUUAUCACUCAAAUUAUGUGUGGAUGGAGCCGAUGCUAUCACUGAUUUAUUGGAAUGUUGGGCUCAGCUACGGCAACCAUGGUGCCAUUUUACAUUGGAUACGUUGGUCAUGGCAUGCCUCGUUUACGGCCAUCAGCUAUUAUCUACCAAGGAGGCCGUACUAGCUCAUGCAAAGCAACAAAUGUCACGAAUAGCCCAUGUAUUGAAGCGAUCACCUGUAAAGCAUCAUAAAUACGUCAAAGCAUUGAUGGCUCGCAUCGAUCAACAAAUUCGUGGUGAAAAGGCUGAGGAUGGAUGUGGUGGAAUACCUUCACCAGAACAACAACAACAACAACAACCAAUGCAGCCAACAACGUUAUGGUCGUCUCAGCAAGAACCUGAUACAACGACAGGAACUGAUGAUGCCGUUCCCACGUCAUUAACUACUACACCAGCAGCAGCAUCAAGUCAUGAUUUUUCUCAUCAUCAACAGGAGGAUUGGUCUUGGUUAAAGCCAGUGGAUUGGGCUCAUGCCGAUCUCGAUUUAUUCCGUUUUGCUGAUUUUGUAUACACCCCAGCUAUGGAUAACACUGAACCUAGCAACCGAUAUUUUCACUCACCCAUUAUGGAUUGGCCCAUGUGA